CUCUUAACAAACUUACUGAAACUGUAUAAUGUAUUGACAAUAAAAACAAAGGAGAAACGAAAAGUUGACUUUCUCUGGCCGGAGAAAAGAUCUAUCAAAUGGCCGACGAUAGCCAGAUCAGAAUCGGAUUGUUGAGCUGCGCAAACAUCGUCAGAAAAGUCUCUCGAGCUAUCAAUCUAGCUCCAAACGCUACUGUAUCAGCCAUAGCCAGCAUCAGCAACUCCAUCGAAGAAAUGAAAUCGUUUGCGGCAUCUAACAAUUUCCCUCCGACCGCGAAGAUUCAUGGCUCUUAUGAGUCCCUUCUAGAAGAUCCUGAUGUAGACGCCGUCUACUUUCCUAUUCCGGCUAGCCUCCACGUGGAAUGGGCUGUACGCGCCGCUCAGAAGGGAAAACACAUACUGCUUGACAAGCCAGUUGCUCUUAAUGUUUACGAGUUCGAUCAGAUAGUUGAGGCCUGUGAAGCUAAUGGGAUUCAGUUUAUGGAUGGGACUCAGUGGAUCCACAAUCCUAGGACUGCUAAGAUUAAGGAGUUUCUUACCGAUCCAGUUAGUUUUGGCCAGCUCAAAACAGUCCAAAGUUGUUUCUCAUUUGCAGCAAACGAAAACUUUCUAAAGAACGACAUACGUGUAAAGCCUGGUCUUGAUGGUCUCGGUGCACUAGGUGAUGCUGGAUGGUACACAAUCCAAGCAUCUCUUCUCGCCAACAGCUUCAGACUUCCGAAAACAGUCACUGGCUUGCCCGGUCAUGUCCUUAACGAUGCAGGAAUCGUUCUCUCGUGUGGUGCACUGCUCGAUUGGGAAGAAGGGGUAACCGCAACAAUCUACUGCUCUUUCUUGGCAAAUGUAACAAUGGAGAUAACUGCGAUCGGUAGAAAAGGCACUCUCCGUGUCAACGACUUUGUUAUCCCAUUUCAAGAAACCGAGGCCUCGUUUACUACAAGCACUCUAGCCUGUCUCAGUGAGCACAAAACUAUGAAUGAGAUUCCACAAGAGGCGUGUAUGGUGAUUGAGUUUGCUCGGUUAGUUGGAGAAAUAAAAAACAGGGGAGCUAAACCGGAUGGUUUCUGGCUUAGCUUUAGCCGGAAGACACAGGUUAUUGUUGAUGCCGUGAAAGAGUCGCUUGAUAAUAACCUUGAACGGGUUCUUGUAUCAGGCCGGUGAUUUAAACAAAGAGCUCAGUUCAGCUUUUCUUUUGUCUAUGCUUUAGAUAAAAUAUCACGAUUGUCACACCCAUAUCUCGCUUAACCGAGACGGCAUGAAUUCACAUUGCCUUCCACAAUAAAAAUACUUAAAUAGGCCAA